CAUUGGGUUUUAUACUUUGAAAAUGACUUCAAAUAACGACACAAAAAUAGAAGUGGAUACGAUUGAAAUACCUAAUGGACAUCAUGUCAACGGCGCGUUUGAAAAUGACGAACUACCGGCACACAAUGGACAAAAUGGAUUGAGCAAUAAUCUAAAAUCAGAAAAAGAGCAACCAGUUGUGAAAACGAAUGGACUUGUUAAUACUGACGAGAACGAUGCAGAAAGUGAGGAUGGCGGAAGCGCGUGUGGAAGACGAAUUGCCAUGCCAAUACGAGCGGCAACGAAAUUUAUCAUAGACCACAAAAAGAUUAUUCAUGACAUUAUCAUUGUCAUACUGAUUAUAGGUUACAUUGCCUACAUGAUUGCAGCUCUCGUUAUUAAUUUUCAAAGAUCUUUCCCAUUACUGGUCAUAUUUUGCAUAGUUUUGUCGUUCAAAAUAUAUGGCUUAUUUCGAUAUUAUUAUGGAGAAGCAAUAUGGAAAGUUUGGAAACCAAUAUACAAAGCCAUUUGCAGAAAUAUGUUUUGGAUAAAAUGGGUUUUCAUUUCAAUAUUGAUAGCUCUCUUUGCUACUUGGAUAGCUCUUGACACUUCGAAGAGACCAAAUCAACUAAUCUCAUUAGCUGGUUACGUCAUUUUUGUUUUCUGCUUAUUUGUGUCUUCGAAAUACCCGCAUCGGGUGCGAUGGAGGCCAGUAUUUUGGGGGCUUGGAAUUCAAAUAGUUCUUGGACUUAUAAUUCUCAGAACAAAAGCAGGGUUCGAAGCUUUUAAUUGGCUUGGAGAAAUUGCACAAACUUUCCUGAAUUUCGUCAACAAAGGAAGUUCGUUUGUUUUCGGUAAAAAUUACACCGACUUCUAUUUUGCUUUCAAGGUUCUUCCAAUCAUCAUAUACUUCAGCGCUUUUAUAUCAGUUCUAUAUUAUCUUGGUGCGAUGCAAUGGUUAAUCUGCAAACUUGCGUGGUUGAUGCAACUUUCAUUGGGGACAUCUGCAUCCGAAUCUAUGUGUGCUGCAGGUAAUAUAUUUGUGGGAUUAACUGAAUCUCCAUUGCUGAUUCGUCCCUACAUUAAAGAUAUUACAACAUCGGAAAUGCAUGCAGUCAUGGUCGCUGGUUUUGGAACUAUUGCUGGAAGCGUGCUAGGGGCGUAUUUGGAAUUUAAGAUCAAACCAGUAUAUGUGAUAACAGCCUGUGUAAUGGCCGCUCCAUGUGCUCUAGGUGUUGCAAAACUGAUAUAUCCAGAAACUAAGAAGUCAAAGUUUAUGUCAUUGUCAGGAUUAAAACUCGAAACAACUAAACAGAAGAAUGUUAUUGAAGCUGCAUUUGAAGGUGCAACCCUAGCACUACCACUCGUAUUAAAUAUUGCAGCUAAUAUUAUUGCAUUCCUAUCUUUGCUCGCUGCAUUGAAUGCUGGAUUAGGUUGGUUUGGAGGAAUGCUUGACUACCCUCAAUUAAGCUUCGAACUCAUAUGCUCCUAUGUAUUCCUUCCGAUUACCUAUAUGACAGGUAUUGAAUGGCAAGACUGCUUCAAGUGUGCUGAAUUACUCGGAACUAAGAUAUUUUUAAAUGAAUUCAUUGCCUAUGAAGAACUCUCACGUAUGAUACAGAAUAAACAAAAUGGGACCUUUCCACGUCAGAAUAUAAACGGAACCGUUAACUGGAUCAGUGACAGAUCAGAAGCUAUUAUAACUUAUGCUCUAUGUGGAUUCGCGAAUGUUGGAUCUUUAGGAAUUAUGUUGGGUGGACUGGGAUCGUUGUGUCCGAAUCGUCAGAGUGAAAUGUCAAAAAUUAUCAUCAGAGCUUUGAUGGGAGGAAUAUUUGUCAGUAUAUUGAAUGCUUGUGUCGCUGGUUUUCUGUAUCUUCCACCUAUCCCAGAUUGUGAUCGGAUUUUCUCCUAUGAAUUUUGGAAUGGGACAGAUCUUAAUAAUGUUUAUCAAUGUUGCACAACAAUGAUUAUCAGUAAUUCAACAUCCGACGAUGCUUGUCGUUGCUGUCAAUUUCCAUGGACAGAUGAAUUCACAAAUCUGACAUCAUGUGACCAAGUUCUUUCAUGCGAAUAUUAAGUAACAAACAAAACUAUAUUAACUUUCACCUGUUACCAGGAAAACAUUACACACACUGUGUGUACGGUGACAAGGUAUCGGCUGAUGGAUCACUGUAGUUAAAGACUUCAAAAGUUUCUUUGCUCAAUUUUUGAUUACCCGUAAAUCUUGUUCGCAACAAGUCACGUGCUGGAGUACGCGAGAAUACAUGAAUUAUUUUGUCAUAUAUUGGGAAAUGAAUUUCUCACACUUUGAAUAUUUGCUUAAAUGAGAGACAUGCCAAAAUAUAAGCAAUGGAAAACUUUUAGAGAAAGGUAGCAUGAACUUGCAAUGGGGUUACUAAUAACACAAUGUUAUUUUUCUUAUAAAUCUAAAUUAAAACGAAUUGGGUGAACUCUGUGAAUUCAGUUAUACAGUACAGAACUCCGCAAACAUAUUACAUUCAUUGGAGACAUGGAUUUUUUUCUAAAAAUUCUAAAUAUGUUUCCUCUUUCUUCCGUUUUUUUUCAUCUUAUCUUUUUUAUAUGUUCAUUCGUUUUUCAACAGUUUUAUGAUAUGAAUAUUAUAUCUCAAUUUAUGCAUAAAUAUGAUUGUUUUCAUUUAAUCUUUAAUGCCUUUUAAAUAUAA